GUGCUCGUGUAGGGGGAGGGGUGUCCCGUCGGCGCAGGCAACACAGACAGACAGACAGCAGGCAGCAGCUGCGGCGACAGCACCCGGCACCGUUGCACCGCGUCCAGACAUCCGCGUUACAGCUCCCAGCGACGACCGAAACGCACGGCGGGCAAGCACCACAACCGGCCUCUAAGAUGGUAGACCGCGAGCAAUUGGUGCAGAAAGCCAGGCUGGCCGAGCAGGCGGAGCGGUAUGACGAUAUGGCAGCUGCCAUGAAGUCGGUCACAGAGCUGAACGAACCGCUCUCCAACGAGGAGAGGAACCUCCUGUCCGUGGCCUACAAGAACGUGGUCGGGGCAAGACGCUCGUCCUGGCGCGUCAUCUCCAGCAUCGAGCAGAAGACGUCGGCCGACGGCAACGAGAAGAAGAUCGAGAUGGUGCGGGCAUACCGGGAAAAGAUCGAGAAGGAGCUGGAGACGGUCUGCCAGGACGUGCUCAACCUCCUCGACAACUUCCUGAUCAAGAACUGCAACGAGACGCAGCACGAGAGCAAAGUCUUCUACCUGAAGAUGAAGGGCGACUACUACCGCUACCUGGCCGAGGUCGCCACGGGCGAGAAGAGGGCCGCGGUGGUGGAGUCCUCCGAGAAGUCCUACAGCGAGGCCCACGAGAUCAGCAAGGAGCACAUGCAGCCCACCCACCCCAUCCGCCUGGGCCUGGCCCUCAACUACUCCGUCUUCUACUACGAGAUCCAGAACGCCCCGGAGCAGGCGUGCCACCUGGCCAAGACCGCCUUCGACGACGCCAUCGCCGAGCUGGACACCCUCAACGAGGACUCCUACAAAGACUCCACUCUCAUCAUGCAGCUGCUUCGAGACAACUUGACGCUGUGGACGAGCGACCAGCAGGACGAUGAGGGAGGCGAGGGCAACAACUAAAGAGUCCAAAACCUCAUUCUGCCAAAUCAACACAAGACGCGCGCUCACAAAUGACGACAAAAAUAGUAAUUGUUAAAAAGUUCUUAAUUUAAACAAAAAACAACAAAAAACAAAACAAAAAAAGACGGGAGGGCGGGGGAACGUCGGCUACCAUUUUAGCCGAUGGUACCGACGUGGUUGCUGUUCUUUAUUUUUCCACAAUUAAAAGCGAAAAGAUCGUAGGAGGGAAGACGUGUUUAGUUUGAGAAAUACGCUAUGAUUAGUUAAAAAUAAAAAAGAGAGAGAGAGAAACACCCAAGAAUGAAACUCCCUUCACCACAGCCUCUGCAGCAUUUGCUAGAGUACCGACUUGGGUCACAAAGAGGUUCGUCGUCCAUCGAGGUGUGAAUAACCGUCAUACUCACAACCGCCAGAGACUGACUUAUCAUGCAAAUGAAGCGGAGCUGUUUUAAUGUAUUCGAGCGAGAGGGAGGAGCAUUCAGAAAUUCACUCCUCGAUGCUUGGGCAGCAAGAAAAAUAAAUAAAUCGCGCAAACCUUGAAUGUCAUGGCCUUGCUUAGUGAGAGAGAGAUGGCGAGUGAUAGUGAGUGAGAGAGUCGACGGGUUCUGGGGAGGAACGCGGCCUCGUUAGGGAUGUUGGAGUUCGUGGUGUAACGUCAAAGAAAACAUCUUUAGUUGCACCGCGUCCACGGUGGUUGAGUGAAAAGCAGGUUAUUUCUGCGGUUGAAGACGUAGAAAAAAAAAAGGGUUUUUUGUUUGUUUGCUUUGUGUCAGGUAUGUGUCCAGCUCAGUCACAUGGUCAGUCAUACUGUAACUAAAACUGCAAACUUAUACAGUAAAAAAAAAAAAAAAAAAAAAACAUAGUGCAGCUUGUCCCUCUCAUGUGCUGAUGUGCUUUCUUAAAUAAACGACCCGUUUUUGGACACCUAACUCUUAUUGUCAGUAUUGUCAUUACUGUAACAUCUUCGAUUGGCUCCUUGUGUUUGUGGGGAAGCAAUUUGAUCCAGAUGAGCAAAUCGAGAGAACACUGACUGAAAUGUCCGUCUGCAGGUAACGCUGUCUUUUCCACGAAUCGACAGGAUCUCUGAACCACAGACCUAAAUAACGAACUAAUUUGUGAGCAGAGCACACGCAUUGUUAAAGCGGAAGCUGUACGAGCAGAUUUGAGGUUUGUGGAUUAACUUUGUUUUCCGUUUCUUCUUGGUCAAGAAAAUGCACUUGCCUACUAUACUGUCUCUUCAGUGUGAGAUGAUAACCGCUCCAAUAUUCUCCAUAAGAAACAAUAUUGUGCAUGCUGGUGAUGUAUUUAUACAGUAGCUUCGAUUUAUUAACUUAUACUGUAGAUGUUAUGUAUUCAUAUGAACAUGGAAUUAUUAGACAUUAAUCAGAUUCUUUUCUAUUUAUUUCUUUUUGUUGCUAUUGUUAGCUACACCUUCUUUUAAUCUGUGUUUUCUUUACUCCAUUCGCUGAAGUGCGCUAUACCAAAACAGUGAUUGUUAACAAUAAAUUGAUCUGUUAUGGACA